AUGAGGACCGGGAACUGCCGACGGCGCGGGACGGCAUCAGAGCGACGAAGCGCCACUGAACAGCGCAGCACAGGAAAGAAAAACGAGGCAGCGUACACGCAAUGCCGCGACACGAGGCAGAAGGACCAGUCGGCGCCAGGAACGGGAGAGACAGAGAAGCCACGGACAACAGGCCCGGCGGGCAAGCAGAGACGGAAAGAGACAGACAAGUACUCGAGCGCCAAAGCGAAGAGGGAGUGA